CAGCAUAGCUACCACAUGGUUUACAUCCAACGAAAUGGGUCACAAACGGCCAUCUCUCAUCACCCAAUCCUGGGUGAUACUUCUCUACCAUCUCCUCAUAUCUAUCAACCAAACCUUCCCAAAACCCGUGCAAAUAGUAUUGAUUCUCCACAAACACUUUCUCCAUCCAUGUAUCUUUCUGAGAAAGCAGAAGAUAGAUCAAUGCUGACUGAUCGUCUGCCUCAAAAGCUGGUCUGCCUUUCAGAUAAGCCGUCAAUACCUUCCCAGCCUCAUCACGAAUUGGCCCUUUAGGUCCCAUAGGCGCCCAAGCAUCUAACAAAUCCAAAGACCACUGACAGUUCCUCAGCAGAAAACUACCAGUGUUCAAAGCAAUCCAAGACUUCUGAUCGAAGAGCAAGUCAGGAUAACCGUGAAUGACAA